AUGGCCAGCGCGCCCACCAUGACUUCCGACAUUAAGAAACUCUCUUUCGCAAAGGUUGCGGCUUCCUCGUCAAAGGAAACAGUACCGAUUGUCACCACAUCACGGGCGCCAAUGCCAGUUACAUACAAAGACCAACGACAACAGAAACCCUCAUCCUCGGCUCCUAUUGCGGUCGGUACUUCAACUAUGCCGAACGGUAGAAUUCCUGUGAAACCGGUUCCUGCCCCGGCCGCUGCGCCAACCGCGGCGAGAGCUACACAACCUCCGCCAGCGAACACAAGCAAUCCUAUCGAAGACUUCAAAGGCCUCAAAAUAGAUGCCAAAAUGCCCAGCCUCGUGGUUAACGGCACCGGAUCAACAUCUACAGAAAGAUCCAGCAAGGCAGGAAAUAGUCAAACACCUUCCGAUGAUGUUUCCCAAAAAGCCGACUCUAGCUCGGAGUUAGGCACUAAGCCCCCAAGUCUCGAUGGCAAGAGUAUCACCUCGGGAACGACCUUCAAUGCGCUAGACGAGAAGGAAUCUCUCCGUCCAGAUGACAGUGCAAGUGUCAAGGCCGCUGCCGAAGACGAGGACGCCUUUUCUGUUCGGGGAUCUCUCAUCGCAGGGUCACGAAUGGGCUCCGAGGUAGCAGCCAGAGUUCAUCGUAUUCAACUCGGUGAUAUGCCACCUCGCACGAUUACUACCCAUAUCAUCUCUGAAGCACACAACCAAGGCAUCGUUACUCCUCCCAGUGGCUCUUCAGAGCAACAGCCAGUAACAGACGCAAAGAUUGCGCUUGUCGCGGCCACUUCCACGCCCGAUGGGCUAUAUCGGCAGAAUCCGGACGACAAGCUACUUGAGGCAAUGCAGGUUCCAAAAGACAGGCUCUUUCUACUGAGGCUAGAAAAGGAGGUCAUUGAUUUCGUCCAGGACUCCAAGGAGCCUUACAUGGACUUGCCACCUUGCAACUCGUUCUGCAGGAUGUUGACGCACAAACUAGCUGACUAUUACCAUAUGACGCACUCAUUUGAGGCAGUUGCUGGUGCUGUCCGUAUCUAUAGGACGCCAUUCUGUAGAGUGCCGCCCUCGCUGGCUAGCAUAGCCGUAGACUCUUCAGCCAGCAGCACACCUCCACCAGCUCUGUUGCCGAAGAAGAUCAUGAGGCGGGGCGAGGAUGGUGAACUGGCACCUGUCAGUGCCAGCCCGUCCAAGCCUACGUCCGAAGUUGGUAGCGACGCUAGAGGCAAGAGUGCCUUGGCUAAAGAGAAACUCUCCAGAGAAGAGAGAGAGGAGGCUUACAAUAAGGCCCGAGAACGCAUCUUUGGGAGCUCAGUGCAGGCUGAAGGGUCUACUCCAGGGAAGAAGGUAAAGCCCGGCAAGCAGCGUCGUGAUGAUUCUGAGACCUUCGAGUCUCGAUCUCAGUAUACGGCCUACUAUGGGCACCCUCAGCAAGCAACAUGGGUUCCGCCACAGUAUAUUCAGGCCGGAAAUCCUGGCUACAACGGGCAAGCUCAGCAGCCGUACCCAAACGCCAUGCCGCCCGCAUAUGGCCCUCCAAAUCAGGCGUAUCCUGCCAUGAUGCCAGCCAACGGUGGAUUUGCUCCUCCAUAUAAUGCAAUGCCAACUGUAAGAGUCUUGAGCGUCUCCUAA